AUGUCUUCCACAGAAUUCUCGAUCGACACUUCUUUCCUGUCUGACGAGACUCUGCAUGAAGCCUAUGAGCUUGAAGUUCAGUCGAAAAAUGGCGAGCCCGUUCGCUUCGGUGAGCUCGUUGCCGGCAAGGGGGAUUCAGUCACUACAGUGGUUAUCUUUGUGAGACACUUCUUCUGUAUCUAUGACCAAGAUUAUGUCCGUGAUCUCGCUGGGCAGAUGACCCAUACAAUACUCGAAACGAUACCAACUCAUGCCAAGCCGGCACAGGUUAUAAUUAUUGGUUGUGGUGAUCACACCCUUAUCGGUCCAUACAUGGAAGAGACAUCCGAUGUCUUCCCUAUAUAUACAGAUCCGUCAGCAAAGAUAUACAACCAGCUCAAGAUGAAGAGAACCUGGACGGGAUUCAAUGAACCACCGCCAUACUCCCUUGAGUCCUUCCCUAGCGCUUUAUACAAGGACCUUAAGCAGAGAUGGAAACGCGGAUGGGCCGGGCUCAAAGGCGGCUUCGGAGAUCAGCAAGGGGGCGAAUGGAUUUUUCAAGGAGGAAAACUGAAAUAUGCGCAUCGUAUGGAGGGUGCGAGUGAUCAUUUAACGGCAGAUCGCUUGCUCAAUAUCUUGACAGUGGAUCAAGAUCAAGUACAGAAUAAGUGA